UCUGUAGUGUUGGAGCAUUGGCAGAGAACCUUAUCAGAAAUUUCCUAUUUUGCCGGAGAAGCGUCGCUCCCAAGUCACUCUCAAAGUCUCAGCUAUGGAAUCCGCCGCCGCGGCGUCCGGCGAGCGCCCGAUCCUCCCGGCCCUCCUCCUCAUCCGCCGCCUGGACGAGACCUUCGCCGCCGAGCUGCGCCAGCGCUUCCGCGUCCUCGAUUUCUACGCCUCCGGCGAGGCCCUCCCGGCCUUCCUCGCCGCCGCCGCAACCGUGCCCGACCCCCCUCGCGCUGCGGUCGUCAUGGGGGGCGGUGCCGCCCGCGUGGACGCCUCGUUCCUCGACGCCGUCCCCUCCCUCCGCUUCGUCUUUAGCACGGGCGCGGGCGUCGACCACAUCGACCUCGACGAGUGCGCGCGCCGCGGCGUCGCCGUCGCCAACUCCGGGAGGGUAUACUCCGCCGACGUUGCCGAUCACGCCGUCGGCAUGCUCAUCGACGUGCUACGGCGCGUCUCUGCGGCCGAGCGGUUCGUACGGCGCGGGCUCUGGCCGGUUCGGGGGGACUACCCUCUCGGCUCCAAGCUAUGUGGCAAGCGUGUUGGCAUCAUCGGCUUGGGGAACAUUGGCUCACUGAUCGCAAAGAGGCUUGAAGCUUUCGGCUGUGUCAUCUACUACAACUCCAGAAGACCAAAGGAUUCAAUCUCUUACAAAUACUUUCCUAAUGUUCAGGAUCUUGCAUCUGAAUCCGAUGUGCUUGUUGUCGCAUGCGCACUGAACAAGGAGACAAUGCACAUUGUCAACAAGGAUGUUCUAGAGGCCCUUGGAAAGGAUGGGGUCAUCAUAAACAUCGGUCGGGGACGAAACAUUGACGAGGUGGAGCUGGUCAGGGCGCUGCUGGAUGGGACGAUUGCAGGAGCUGGUCUUGAUGUUUUUGAGAAUGAACCCAAAGUGCCAGCAGAGCUCUUGUCCAUGGACAAUGUGGUUCUGACACACCAUGUUGCUGUUUUCACAUCGGAGUCCAGGUCAGACCUGCGUAACAUCACUAUAGGUAACCUUGAAGCCUUCUUUUCUGGUAAGCCAUUGCUUACGCCGGUGCUUCCCUAGUGAAGUAAUAUUGCAGGUCAAUCAAACUAAUAGGAGGUCGAAAUGCGUGUUCUUACAAUAUUUUUGCUGCCAAUUGCAUGCUUACAGAUAGUUUGGCUACAAACAGUGAUAUUGCAGGUCAAUCAAACUAAUACGAGGUCGAAAUGCAUAUUCUUACAAUGUUUUUGCUGCCAACUGCAUGCUUACAGGUAGUUUGGCUACUAUUUGUAUUGAUGCAAUUUGUACGGUUUUGUACUUCAAUAAUGGAUCUCUGCUCAUGUAUAUCUCCACUAGUCGGGUUAUUUUAUAAUACCAAAUUAUUCUGUGAAA